AUGGAUUGGUUCAUCCAGAAGAGCGGAAGCUGUAUGCUGCUGUUGCUGCCCACCUUCGCCCUCUGUCUCCUGGGUGGUGCCCCCACACCCGCUCCCUUCAACGCCUCCACCACCACUACCAACACCAUACCACCCCUCUCCCACACCACCACUGCUCCUGCUACCUCCUUGUUCACCAGCACUCCCACCCUUCUAGAAGCCUCCACCCCCAGCUCCCCUGCCUCUACCACGCCAGCAGCCCCCCCCCUGUUUGAGCGCCAGCCCUUCAUCGUGAGCUGGAACAUCCCAGAACUGGUGUGUAACCGGUACAACGUCACCCUUGACAGCUCGCCCUUUAAAGGUGUGGCCACGCCGGCCAAGGUCCCUGGCCAGUUCCUGUCUCUCUUCUACACCGACCGUCUGGGUCUCUACCCCCGCGUGGACCAGGCUGGGGAGCGCCAGCUCUACGGCGGCAUCCCUCAGAGGGGAAACCUGAGGGCCAGUUUGGCCAAGGCCCGCGCUGACAUCAUCUACUACAUACCCUCUAGGAGCAGACGAGGCCUGGCGGUGAUAGACUGGGAGGAGUGGCGCCCCCUGUGGGUGAGGAACUGGGGCUCCAAGCAUAUCUACAAGACUCUGUCAGUGAGCCAUGCUCGCCAGAAAAAACCCUCUCUGACAGCCCUCCAGGCAAACAUCCAGGCCAAGAAGCAAUUCCAGGCAGCAGCCAGGAGCUACAUGUCAGAGACCUUGUCCCUGGGCAGAAGACUGCGGCCCAACUACCUGUGGGGCUUCUACCUGUUCCCCAACUGCUACAACUAUGGCUGGCUGGAGCCAGGCUACACAGGACGCUGCUCGCAUGAGGUCCGGGCCCAGAACGAUGAGCUGCUCUGGCUGUGGGAGGCCAGCUCAGCCCUCUACCCCUCAGUGUACCUCCAGGCCUCUCUGGGGGACAGUCCCAGCGCCGCCUUGCUGGUAAGAAACCGUGUGCAUGAGGCCCUGAGGGUAUCGGCCCUACCCAAGCACCACGCCACCGCUCCCGUGUUUGUCUACACAAGGCCCGUCUUUAUAGACCGGAACCGACGGUUCCUCAGCCAGAGGGAUCUGGUCAGCACUAUUGGGGAGAGUGCAGCACUAGGGGCUUCUGGAGCAGUCAUGUGGGGAGCCAGUGCUGACUACAACGACAAGGCCUCAUGCGAGGCCCUCUCUACUUACCUCACCACCACGCUAAACCCCUACAUCGCCAACGUGACGGCCGCCGCCCAGCUCUGCAGCGACUUCCUGUGCCAGGGGAACGGCCGCUGCGUGCGUCGACACUACAACUCGGACCACUACCUCCACCUCCGCCCCGGAAACUUCCGCAUUCGGCGUUCCCGGGGCAGCUACAGGGCUCUGGGACGACCCUCUGCGGCCGAUCUGAGGUUCUUCACCAGCAGGUUCACCUGCCAAUGCUACGCCGGGCUCACCUGCUCCCCCGAGCUGCCCAAACACCUGCCCAAAGCCCUGCUGUACAGACACAAGCAGGGCCAUGCCACGAAGACCAAAACUGUGAAGAAGAAAGUGACUUCUCACAUGGAGCAAUCCAGCAGCGUUAAGGAUAAGGUGAACAAGAAAAAACAACUCAAGCGAUGA